AUGGAUCUUCCGGCUGAGAUCAAUGCCAUGAUCGUGUCCUAUGUCGGGGUGGGACGUUCGCACCCAAUCACGAGAGGCAAAUUCCAUGAUCCAUCUUCCCGUGUGAUGUGCCACGACAUGACUGGUAGCUAUAAUCACGACUUGGCCAUUCUACGACUGGUGAAUAAAACCUUCUUCGUGCUUGCUUCACCACUCUUUUUCAGAUAUAUCCACAUUUGCGUGGGUAUUGGAAAGGAAGCCGCUUUCCGUGGACUCCAGGCAAUUUGUCGAAGCCAGCAUGCAAUCCAUGUACGCGAGGUGGAGCUCAAAAUCUGCCAUUGCCCGAAAGAUUCCGAAGGGAAGCCUUAUGAAUUUUCUGGAGGAAGCAAGCAGCAGUUUGAAAAGGAAUUCACCGAUGCCUUGUCCCGCCUAACCAACCUAGAGACUCUGAUGUGGAUGUUUUGGUGUUUCUCUUCGUGGUGUUCGAAGAAUCAGCAUAGCAUUCUCUAUGAAUCCAUUAUGAGAACAGACCUUCCCAAGCUGAAAAACCUCAAGAUUUUAGUCUUCGGACUGCCUAAUUACCCGGAGAUUGUCCCAGAGCUCACCGGGGAUUCGCGGGAGCGUGUCAAGCGGCUUAUGCGACAGAUCCGCUGUUUGUGGAUUGAUCAGGCUGGUCAUUCGUUCUUGGAUGGGCAUGGACAAAUAUCACCCGGUCACGACUUCACAGCGUGGUUUGUCAGUGCUCUGGAACAUGGCGUUGACCGCGAUUCCGUGUCACCACCCCGAGGAGCGAUGACUGCCGCGCAGGCUCACUCGAUUCACCUCGAAACAAUCGUUCUAGAAAGCGUGCCAGUAUCGCUUCGUGUCCUCAGAUUCCUUACAACGCUGGCUAGGCAGACAAUAAAACGAGUGGAGUUGUCCAUAGUCAUUGUAUAUUCUAGCCGCUGGCGCGAUCUCUUAUCGCUCUUGGGUCGACUACCGCAUCUGAUGUACUUGAGGGUACACAAAUGUACUGUCAUGAAGGAGACUGGCAACUAUGCCCAUGCUCAAAUUGGGACUUUCGAUGACGGGUCUUCUGAGGACGAACUCUUUGAGGAUGAGCCCGCUGAUAUUAUGGGGCCUGAUAUUGGCUUGUCUGGUGAUGUAGAGGUCGCUCUGUGUGAUGACAUCGCGUGGAUUCCUGAAACAUUUCCACAGGAAUUGCGUCCAACAUUUGUCCGUCUGCUGCGCCGUGUUGAUGCGAAUAGAAGUGCUGCUGGGAUGCGUUCACUGAUGAAAGAAUUCGAGUACAAAGUAACUCGAUAGGCCGCCCGGGGCUUGCUACAUGGAAGGAUAGUUCAGAUUUUUCAUUUUCCGGAUACUCGCGGAAAAAGCAG